CUGAGGCUGAGAGGGACCAUUUUUUUACCUCAGCCUUAUGCUUUUUGCCAUUUAGGAACUGUCACUGAUGGGGAGUUCUCCACCCUGAGAACACAAGGCGACACCCGACCCCUUCAUCUUUGGCAGCUCAUCCAUGAUGCAAGAGAAAGUGUGUCCAGGAUGAGUAAGGCAACUCUAGCGAAGAUGCUGCAGAUUGAUGAUGACGACCUCGCCCAGCCACGUGCACCAGCAGAAAACUGUGUACCAGAGGAAGUCAAGAGAAAAAUGCAUCUUCUGCAAGAAGACGGCUUGACUUUUGAAGAUGCACUUCAUCAUGUACGUAAAGAUGUAAUUCCGGAGGGAUACACGUACCAUACAUGGCGGCCUCACAUCCCUGAGACGGAACUGGACAAGCUGCGUUCCAUCAUCGCAACAUUCCGGUUCCGUGCAAGAGUAGCCCAGCUGAAACAGGAGGGAGCGGACUUUACGAAGUACUUGUAUGUGCCAGAAGUAGAUCCCAUCACCAACAGGGAGCACCAUGAGAGGGAAGACCACAAUCACAUGCUGAAGCAUAUGGCACACGAGAGACGGCGGACAUGA